AUGAAGCAAAAGCAAGGAGGAAACUACGACGACGCCCCGCGCUGCCCCCCGCAUCCUGGGUUCGUCGGCGGGCUCUGCUUCCUGUGCGGGGCGAAGAAGGAGGACGCGGAAAGAGGUGCUCCCGGAGUCGCCGUUGGUCACGAGACGAUGAAGCAAGGAGGAGACGGCGACGGCAACGACGACGAAGCGCGCUGCGUGAAGGAGGAGGACACGGAAGGAGGUUCUCCCGGAGCCGCCGUUGGGCACGGGAUGAUGAAGGAAGAAGGCGACGACCACGGCAACGACGACGCCCCGCGCUGCCCCCCGCACCCUGAGUUCGUCCUGGGUCUCUGCUACCGAUGCGGGGCGACGGAGGAGGACGCGGGAGGAAGCGCCUCCGGAAUCACGGUCGCGAACAUCGAGGAGGCCCAAGUCCUGCCUGCUUUGGCGGCGGCGACGAGCAUUGCGAGCCCGUCCGACAUGGCGACCCUCAAGCGCGAGAGGAAGCUGAUCCUCGUCCUGGACCUGGACCACACGCUGCUCAACUCGACGAGGCUCCAAGACCUUUCCGCCCAGGAGCAACGCAACGGGUUCACGCCCUACACCGGGGACGAGCUCCACAUGGAGCUCUUCAGGCUGGAGUACUCCGACAACGUUCGCAUGCUCGUCAAGCUGCGGCCGUUCGUGCGAGGCUUCCUGGAGCAGGCGAGCUCCAUGUUCUGGAUGCACGUGUACACCUUGGGAAGACAGGGCUACGCGAAGGCGGUCAUCGACCUUCUGGACCCGGACGGCGUCUACUUCGGCGGCAGGGUCGUGUCCAGAAAGGAGUCGACCCAGCGGGACAUGAAGAGCCUCGACGUCAUCCCGGGCGCCGACUCCGCCGCGGUGGUGAUCCUCGACGACACGGACGGUGCCUGGCCGGGGCAUCAGGACAACCUCAUCCUCAUGGACAGGUACCACUACUUCGCCUCCACCUGCCGCAAGUUCGGCUACGACAUCCCCUCCCUGGCGGAGCAGGGCCGGGACGAGAGGGAGCAGGACUGCUCGCUGGCCAUGGUGCUGGGCGUCCUGGAGCACAUCCACAAGGCCUUCUUCGACGGUGACCGCGUGGACGUCAGGGAUGUGAUCAGGGAGGUGUGGCGCCAGGUGCUGCCCGAGUGCACGGUGGUGUUCAGCUAUCUGGAGGAAUAUAUGGAGGACUUCCCUGAGGACACCCUCAUGUGGACGUUGGCCGAGCGGCUCGGCGCCGCCUGCCAGAAAGACGUCGACGGGACGGUCACCCAUGUCGUUGUAGAGGAUCCGGGGACCCAGAAGGCGCAGUGGGCGCGGGAGCACGGCAAGUUUCUCGUCAACCCGGAGUGGAUCAAGGCGGUGAGUUUCCGCUGGUGCAGGGUAGACGAGCGAGGGUUCCCGGUGACCGCCCGUGAGAGUUGA